AUGAACAGCCCAUCUUCGGCUUUGCCUCCCUUUCUAGAACCCCUCGCUCAUAACCCAAGCCUACAGGAAUCCGACGCUCUCCCUCAUCAUGCUCGUUUCGCGCACGCUCGCUCAGGCCAACACGCCCACACUAUAUGGUGGCCCGCUGCAGCGCCUUCACCCACACCACCGUCAACUAUUCUGCUCUUCAUCCCUGGAAAUCCGGGUCUUAUAGGCUUCUACAUCCCGUUUCUCUCUGCCCUAUGGGAACAAUGUUCGUCGAGUAACUUCGCCAUAUUAGCCCACUCCCACCUAGGCCACACACCCGGCAUUGGAGACGAUCAUCGUCGACCACUUCCCUCAGCAAUAGCGCUUACGUCUCAAGUCGAAGCCAUUCUCGAGGUCGUGGCUGCUAUCCGAUCUGCCUUUGGUCCUUCGCCAAAGAUUGUCUUUGCAGCCCAUAGCGUCGGCUCCUGGCUAGUGCUUCAAGCUCUGAAGAACCUACCAUCAUCAGAGAUAUCUGGCACGUUCCUUCUAUUCCCAACCAUAUGCAAUAUAGGCAACACGCCAAAUGGCCGUCGCCUUUCUUGGCUAUUCGGACCACCCCUCCCUCGAGUGAUAUCUUCACUAUCUGCUCUCAUACGCUGGCUUCCUCUUCGAGCACUUUCUGUCCUCUUCCCAUCCUGGCCGUUGGCCCAGGUCUCUGUUCUUCGGACUCUGUUGCAUUCCCCGCCAGCCAUCUUUUCGGCUCUCACCAUGGCGGACGACGAGAUGAAGAUCAUACGCGACCUUGACGUAGGUCUGCUCAAAGAGCAUCACGAUCGACUGUACUACUACUAUGCUCAAUACGACGAUUGGGUGGGAGAAGAAAGAGAUGCCGUGCUAGAGGCGCUCAAUGAUGCUGAAUCGCCUGUGAAGAUUGUACACGGUCAUCAAGACAUUCCACACGCCUUUUGCAUCAAUCACGGUCAAGAGUUAGCUUCGCAAUGUAUCGAAUGGUUACGUUCCGGUGGCCUGAUAUGAUACGUUUCGCUCCUAAGGCCUAAGGCUCAAAUACUACUGUGUACACGUCCUUGGACUCUCAAAGGGAACGAGUGCUGGUGUCAGCUCCGGUGGAAGCUCCUUUGGCAUAGCUUCCCUAUCGUGGAUCUACGCCACGUAAUCGGGCCGUAGUUAGUCUCCCAUGUGCCACAAUGCGGUGAACAAAGCUGUGCGACCAACGGACUCGCGACGGGCCCUUUUCAGUGAACCGGUCGGUGUCCUGUUGAAACACACUCAAGAUCGAACUUACUCCUACGAAGGCUUGCGCCUUGUGGGUGCCGCCCAUAUCCUCUUUACACACAAGGGGAACAGGUUAUGCUCACUGGCGCACAACAGGUUUCUGAUUGUAAAAGACUUGUUACUCACUGUGAACACCCUCCGGUCCCAAUCUCAUCAGUCAGAUAAGUUUGAUUUGACGCCCAAGACAUCUAACCAGGCCCAGGUCUCCUAUAAAACACGGCUAGCUGUUCUCCUCUCGCCCCAAGUUCCUUGUCUUUACUGUUACUCUUCAGCAU